AUGUUACACCCUAUUCUCGAUAUUAAUAACUUCAACGUUGUACUGGCGGUGAUAAGCACAUACGUCCUCCUAUUCGGAUUUAUAUCGCUGAAAAUCAAACAGAGAUGGUACCUGGGUGAAGCUUUGCCUGCUUUCCUGGCUGGCGUCGCGUUUGGACCGGCUGCGGCGAGAUUUCUCAAGGUCUCCCAAUGGGCUGGUGACGAUAGCGAUGGAGACCACGAUAUUACCUACGACUUGGCUCGUCUGGUCAUUGGCAUCCAAUUAGUCAAAGUUGGAUAUCAGUUGCCUCGGAAAUAUCUGAAGGAACGGUUCAAGGAAAUGACCAUUUGCUUACUUCCACUCACUGCCAUCGGCUGGCUUGCGACAUCUGGAUGCAUCAUGCUCAUGAUUCCGCGUAUUUCCUUCUUAUCUGCCCUUAUAAUCGGCUCCUGUGUAGCAUGUACAGACCCAAUUCUAUCCCAAGCAAUUGCCAAGGGCCCUUUUGCCGACAAUUAUGUUCGUCGCCCUCUCCGUGAAUUCAUCUCGUCUGAGGCAGGGGGUAACGACGGCUUUGGCUUCCCCUUCCUACUACUGGCUGUCGCCCUUUUGCGGUACGCUGAGGCACCUGACAAUACAGCCAGUCUGGAAGACUUUGAUUUGGCAAGGGGGAUCCCGGACUCGCUGGGCACGGCUGAUAUCGGACGUUUUGGCGGUGGAGUUACCCGCGCUUUGAGGCACUGGGCAAUCGAAGGUGUGCUCUAUAUGAUGGUAUUGGGAUCGGGAUAUGGUGCUCUUAUAGGCUUCAUAAGUCGCAAGCUUCUUAACCUCGCUUCCAAGAGGAGAUGGAUCGAUAACGAAUGUUUCGCCCUCAUGCCUGUGGCUGUCGGGUUAUUCAUCGUCGGCACAUGCGGCUGCUUCGGCUCCGAUGAGACGUUGGCUUGUUUCGUGGCCGGGAACGCACUGAACUGGGACGGGCUGUAUCACGCCGAGUUGCAGGCCCGGCAUGACGCCUUCAACUCGACCCUGGAAACACUGUUGAAUUUCGGGAUCUGCAUGUACCUGGGCGCGGUGAUGCCAUGGGAUCAAUUUCAUAUGCCGGACACAACUGGAAUCACCGUCUGGCGGCUGAUCGUAUUGGGAUUCCUCAUCCUGCUUUUUCGCCGUAUGCCAGCGAUCUUGCUCGGGUACCGGUUUAUGCCGAAGGUGUGCCGUAACUGGAGGGAAGCCUUGUUUAUGGGAUACUUCGGACCAAUCGGUGUGGGGGCGAUCGCAUAUGCAGAAUACGCUCGUCGACUGUUCCCGGCCCCUGGGAAGAGUGACAGGGAAAUCAACGACUUGACCGCUGCCAUCUCUCCCGGUAUGAUACUCGUCUUUGUCUUUCACAGAGAGCAAAUGGAUGUUCUGAUGUUCCCUAGUUGUUUACUGGUUGGUUCUAUUUUCGAUCAUCGUCCACGGCCUGUCCGUCCCCGCGCUCAACGCUUUAUACAAGCUGUUCAAGGUACCGUGUAUCUGCGACCACCCGGUGGAAGUCGUCCUCCUGUCGGAGAACGAGCCACUCCCGAACAACAGUACAAUCGAACCAGGGCGACACUCAAUAAUCGUGAACAACCGCUUUUCCCGCUCACCGGACGAGGAAGCGCAAACGCGACGAUUCUCCCGCGACGAUACAGAGGCAAUACUAAGACCGAGUGA